AUGCGGACACACCUAACUCCCCCUUACGAGAAAUUCGCCUACGCCUACGACAGGAUAAUGACAAACGUCAACUACACGCGUUGGACCCAUUACAUUGAAUCGCUUUUCGAGAAGUAUGAUUGCAAACCACGCACGGUUCUGGAUUUGGCAUGUGGCACCUGUGCUUUGACUAUAGAACUCGCAUUGAAAGGCUAUGAGAUGACUGGGGUGGAGCGGGCAGUUGGUAUGUUGGACAUUGCGAAGGAAAAAGCCGCGGCGCACGAUGUAAAUAUCGAACUCCAUUACGGUGACAUGCGCGAGUUCCAACUGAACCAACGAUUUGACGCAAUCCUCUGCACCUACGAUAGCAUUAAUUAUGCUUACGAUGAAACCGAAUUAAGCAACGUGUUUCAGUGUGUUGCUGAGCAUCUCGAACCGGACGGCUUAUUUAUCUUUGACGUGACAACGGAACGGAACAUCGUUGAGCAUUUUCACAACAAAACGUUCGCGUCAAAUCAUGAUGAUUAUACCUACAUCUGGAAAAACAACUACCUCCAUGAUUCCAAGAUGUGUCAAACGGUCCUAACCUUUUUCAUCCGAGAGGGGGAUCUGUUUCGCCGCUAUGAGGAGGUGCACCAGCAGCGAAUCUUUGAAGUCAGCACCGUCAAUGACCUGCUCAAGGGCUCUGGCUACAAGCCGAUGAGUGCUUACGACAUGUACACCUUCAAUCGUUGGAACCGCUAUUCAGAUCGGAUUAAUUUUACCGCACGUUUGCUCUGA